UCUUAUGAAGUAAGCUUGGCAUUCAUUCGCGACGUCUGUCUACCCCCAAGUAUUACGGUAUCGAUGCCAUUUUGAGUUUUGGUUGAAGUCCAGUGCGCCUGAAGACAGCUUCAGCAGAUGUUUGCUAGACUCAGCUGAUCUGGCGGCUUCACCGCGUUUUGAGCGUCGGAAAUUCACGAGGAAAAAAGCUAGAGUUGGAAUAAGUCCAACGGGCAAUAUGUUGAAACUCCUGGGAUUUCUGUGCUUGUUUGCGAAUCUUUCGCUUCAACAAAAAGAUCCCGUGAAGGAUUUCUGUCGAAGGUUUGGGCAUCAGACGGCAGUUAUUGAUAGGUGGCUAUACAUUGAUGGGGGACUUGUCGACUGGAAUCCCAUCUCUCAGAAUAGGAACAAUUAUACAAAUUCAUGGCUUUCUUUUCAGGACCUCGACAGCAGUCCCCCUUCUAUAGAAGUGCCCCAGUUGUAUGCGAAUUUGAGCAAGAACCAAUCAAUUCCCAGCGUCAGUGGUGGGAUAUUAUGGCAAGACGACGUCAACAAGCGAUUCUACCUUUACGGAGGGGAAUAUUCGAAUAUCUCUCCAAACGCCCCGAAUCUCAUAUCGUACGACGUGCUGGAAGACAAUUGGCAUUCAUUAGGAGCACCUAGCAAUGGAAUACAAAGCGUCUCUUAUGGAGGCGGGGUAGCAAUUUCUGAACUGGGACAAGGAUAUAUACUUGGGGGAUGGCUAAGCAACAAUUCGGUGCCCUCUUGGUCUGGAAGUCCCUUGGCGACCAACUCGUUGAUCAAAUACGAUAUGAACAGUAACGCUUGGACAAACAGCACAGGACCUGUGGAUUCAAUCCCCAGGGCGGAGGGUGUUAUGGUGUAUGUGCCGGCAAGCGACGAUGGACUUCUUGUUUACUUCGGCGGGGUCACGGCACCUUUGAACAACGACACAGCAAUCCCGGCUCCAAUGUCCUUGAUCCAUAUCUACGAUAUCCGAAGCUCGAAGUGGUACACCCAGACUGCUGUAGGGGAUACGCCGCUGUCCAGGCGGAAGUUCUGUGCCGGUGUAGUUUGGGCUCCGGACCAAUCAUCCUACAAUAUUUACUUAUAUGGAGGAAAGGGAUUUGGUGCCAAUGAAACCGGAUUUGACGAUGUCUAUAUCUUGACCAUGCCAUCUUUUAAAUGGAUUCGAUGGUGGGAAAGCUCCGACGGUGGAAAACCACACCACUCCCUAUCUUGUAAUGUCGUCGGUGGUGGCCAAAUGCUCAUCAUUGGAGGAAGCUUUCCUUUGAAUGAUGAAUGUGACAGCCCCGUCACUUGGGGAACUCAUAACCUGGAUCUCGGCAAAGUCAGUGGCAAGAUGUGGAAUGAUUAUUCUCUCAAUAUUACCUCAUAUGUGGUUCCUCCAGAAGUUAUAUCCGUUGUUGGUGGCUCAUCCUUGGGAGGUGCCACUGCUACUGCACCGGCAGCUGGGUUUGACAACGGUGAUUUGGGAGUGUACUUCGCGCAGAAGGCAUCGGUUGCAGUUCGAUCUCCCACGAGAGCCGUACCGGGUUCUACAUCGGCUCCAGCAGACACCUCGUCAGCCAAACUCUCAACUGGUGCUAUUGUUGGCAUCGCCGUUGGAAGUGCUGUUGUUCUCAUUGGUUUACUGUUAGCUGGAUGCUGCUUCUUUUGGAGACAAAGGAAACAAAAGACUCUGAGUGCAGCGAGGAGAGGCUCCGUGGACGUACCACAAGUGACAUAUAAUCCAGCUCCAAGCUACUCGCAAACACAAUUUGGCCCUCACACGCCUCAAUCACCAUACUUCGACCAAGAACAGUAAGUAAUGAGUCCAAAGAUUUUCUUUCUCAAUUGAUUCAACAUAUUCCGCUAUCAUGUCGCAUCAUGUUCUCGUUACAUCCCUGCGGAGACGAUUGCUGACUUCCCUUGCUUAGGCCACACAUCCAGGCUCAACAUUACCAGUUGGCGGCAAAUUCCCCGCCAGCAGAACUGUCUGACAACAAUUAUCAGCUCCGCCGAGCCGAUCCAAAGAUGACCAUGGUCCAGGUCCAGGACGCAAGUCUUUACUCACUGCCACCGCACCACGUCUCACCCUCGCAGUCCCCGCACCCGUCCUCCAACGCAGGCAACGACACAUUCGGGACCGACAACUCGCAGUCUGUAUACGGAUCUCAGACAUCACCCACUCCAACGUACUCUAGUCUUGGAAGAAGUUUGCGGAGACCUGUUCAUCAGAAUCAGACAUACUACUCAGCUUGAUGUUUAAUGAAUAAAUUCAUCUGCAACUGGGGUUGAAAAGGUGUUUAGGUAUUGUAAACGGGGGGUUAUUGUGUAAAGUAGAACUGUGAUAGUAAUUAGAGUACCCUAUAACUUCCGCAUUUGGGGAUUCGCACGCACGCGGAAUGAACUUCGCUAGCACUAAAAUCCCCAAGUCCACGUGAGAUGCCAC